AUGGCGGAUGAGGACCCGGAUUUUUUUUCCCACAGGAAUCCCGCACCAUCUCAGGUGGUGGAGGAGGUGAAAGAACUCUGGGGAAUGGCUUUGCCCAUAACAGCCAUGAACUGUCUUGUCUAUGUUCGAGCAGUAGUGUCAGUGCUCUUCUUGGGCCGUCUCGGCAGCCUAGAGCUCGCCGGUGGCGCCCUUUCCAUCGGAUUCACCAACAUCACCGGCUACUCUGUUCUCAACGGCCUCUCUUCCGGCCUCGAACCCGUCUGCAGCCAGGCCUACGGCAGCAAGAACUGGGACCUCCUCGCGCUCUCCCUCCACCGCAUGAUCCUCAUACUCCUGAUUGCAAUCAUACCCAUUAGCCUUCUCUGGCUAAACUUGGAAAAUAUUUUACUAUUCAUGGGUCAAGACAAGGAAAUCACGGCCAUGGCAGCGAUUUACUGUUUUUAUUCUCUGCCGGACCUUUUGACGAACACGUUGUUGCAGCCUCUGAGGGUGUAUUUGAGGUCGCAGGGGGUGACGAAGCCGCAAAUGUAUUGUAGUUUAAUGGCGGUGGCGUUGCACGUGCCGCUGAAUUAUGCGCUGGUGGUGGGACUGGGGUUGGGGGUGUGGGAGGUGGGGUUGGAGGUGGAGAGGUGCUGGUGGUGGGAUUGGGGAGCUGUGGGCGGGAUUUGGCCGCUGUUGAGACUGGCCGUGCCCAGCUGCGCCGCGGUGUGUCUUGAAUGGUGGUGGUACGAGAUUGUGACAGUACUCGCAGGUUACCUUCCCAGUCCCAGGGAGGCUGUGGCGGCUACCGGCGUACUCAUUCAGACUACUAGUCUCAUGUACAACGUCCCCAUGGCCUUGGCUGGCUGUGUCUCCGCCAGGGUAGGGAAUGAGCUUGGAGCAGGGAAGCCGUACAAAGCAAAAUUAGCAGCAUGGGUAGCAUUAGGCAGUGCAGUUGUUAUCGGCUUGAUCAAUGUGAUGUGGACAGUGAUCUUUAGGGAGAGAUGGGGAGGACUGUUCACCGCCGAUGAGAUGGUGAAAGGCCUUGUAGCUUCGGUGAUGCCACUUAUGGGGCUGUGUGAGCUCGGGAAUUGCCCUCAAACAACCGGAUGUGGAAUCCUACGAGCCACCGCAAGGCCCAAAGUGGGGGUCCGAAUAAACCUCCUUUCCUUCUACAUUGUGGGGACUCCGGUGGCUGUUGGCUUGGCCUUUUGGGUCAAAAUUGGCUUCAGUGGCCUUUGGUUCGGCCUCCUCUCAGCCCAAGUAGCUUGUGCCCUGUGUAUUCUCUUUGUUAUUUACAAGGAUACAGAUUGGGAAGCUGAGGCUAGGAAGGCUAUCAAGCUUACAAGCUCUGGCUCCGAGAUGACUGAAACUUGCAAAAGCAAUGGGGCAGCUGAGAAACUUGAAUAUGAUGAUGAAGAGGGAAAAGGUCUUUUGCUUGAUGAAUUCAUUGAA